GAGUAAACAAAGGACUAUACAGUUCCCACUUAUCUUUUAGUUGUCUCGUGGUAUAUCCCAUGAUUAUAAUUAACGCAUUGUUAUUUAUCAGAAUGAAUGAGUGAGCUGUAUUCAAAGAUUAAUUGCGUGAGAUCCGGAGACGAUGAGUCGGGCAGAAAUCGUACAGAACGAUGAGCGUGUGCUUGGAAGUAACAUUAGUUUCCUUCCAGAAACAGCCGAUGAUACUGAUCUACAGGAUCUGACCAUAUACAAAGCUCUUCAAGAUGCCGCGAAUGCAAAACCAAACCAUGUUGCCUUCAUUUUCCAUCAAUACCAAGACCAUGUCACGUACAGACAACUUCUGGACAAGGCAAAUGCUCUUGCGAAAGGAUUUCUUGCCCUGGGUGUUAAGAAAGGCUCUAGGGUGUGUGUUAUGGGGCUCACUGACAGUGACUGGCUCACGUUGUUGUUUGCAACUACGAGUGUGGGACUAAUAUUUAACACGCCAUAUGCAUAUGAACCAGUCGAGGAAUAUAUAUUUGACAUCCUUAAUAAGAUCGAAUGCAGUGUCGCAAUCGUAUCGUCUUGGUACCAUGUUGGUGAGCAGGGGGUCUCUUCAGAGGCUGUUCUCCAACAUUUUUCAUCAGCAAAUUCUCUUGGGAUCCCCAGCCUUCAGCAUGUAUUUAGAUGCACUCAGAGUAGCAACACAAACCUCAGGUCCUUAGAAGAUUUGGUCAAAAUGGGACACGCAAUAUCUGAUGCUGAAUUAAAAACUGCUCAAAAUGCAGUUAAAUGUGAUGAUCCGGCCUACAUAGUUUUCUCAACAGGCACUACUGGGUCACCCAAGGCGGUAUGUGUCAGCCACUUCAGCUUGGUCAAUCAGGGACACUUUGAACUACAGAGAAGAAACCCCAACAACAUGCCUUUUAUAGUAGCCCAACAGAACCCUUGCUUGGAGGACAUUUGUUCUUUGUACAAUUCCGUGUCCGCUGUUGUGAACCACCAUGUUGAAUACACGUGUGUCUUUGCGUCUUCUGAAGCCAACAAGGAACACACUGGCGGAAUGUAUCUGGAAGUUAUACAGCAAUACAAAUGUACCUUUGCCGAUCUUUACCCAUUUAUAUGGCUGGGAAUUUGGGAAGACGAUCUCCUCAAAGACUACAAUACUUCUGCAUUGGUUGGAGGGUAUGUUGGAUCUCUGGGUCUGGAGAAAGAGACAAUUGAAAAACUGAAGACAGUCAUGCCCAAGCUUACGCACACGUAUGGCUGUUGUGAGUACGUAGGCAUCACAUACACUGAUCCAGCAUUGCCAAGUGAAGACCUGACGAGUGUUGGCUCGCCUCUACCUCAUACCACAAUAAAACUCGUAGACGAGAGAAAUAAUAUAAUACAAGUUGGUGAAGUUGGUGAAAUAUGUGUCAAAAGGAAAUUCAAAACCCUUUAUUGGGGAAACAUUUCACUAACAGAUGAAACAAUUGAUGCAGAUGGCUUCUUUCACACUGGUGACAUGGGUGAGUUGGACGGAAAUGGCAAACUGCAUUUCAAAGGACGGAAGUCUGAGAGUAUAAGGUACAAACGAUUGGGAGAGGUGAUAUAUCCAAAACCAAUAGAGACUGUUGUCCUUCAACUAGAUGCAGUCAAUGAAGUGAAGGUCAUAGGAAUAACUGUCGUUGAUCACCUGGGAGAUGAAAUCUGUGUCUGUGUAAGUUUGAAACAGAAUACGAAGCUGACCAUCAAACAACUCGAGGAGCACUGUGAAAGCAAACUAUUAUCACGAGACCAUCCAGAUCACUACAUCAUUCUUGAAUCUUUGCCGAAGGCUGGACUUCGAAAAAAGGUGGCUGUACCUCUACUAAAGGACAUUGUAGUAAGAAAAAUAAAAGAUGGACAAGGCGACUAUGCAAAAUAAAACACAGAACUUCUUGGAGCUAUGGAUACAAAUUACAUUGUUUUAUUACAUUCUUUACAUCACAUAUAGUAUAUAGCAUAAAUAUAUGAAUGUAUGUGAUAAUACUGAUGAAAUACUGUUACAUUAUUUGUGUGAUAACAACUAAAAUACGUGAAUGAAAAUAAUACUGUGAAGUAUAGUUGCAUUUUGUGUUUAUAUAUCAUAUAUAUAUAUACAUCAAUUUUUUCGUAAACAUUGUCACUUUAUAUUUGCAUGGCAUUUAUUGAAUCUAAUUCAAAACAUUGCCGGGAAGCUGGUAAUAAUAUUACUUCCUCACAUAGUAAAUCUAAUACAAAAAGUACUAGACGACAGCGGUAGAUCAAGAUGAGUCCAGUCAACGAUAUCAAACGAUAUGCAAUCUAUAUCAGGUAAGCCUUGGAGAUAGACUUGGACUUGUCCCUCUUGCAGAUAAUGGUAUGGUGCUGUCCAACAACUGUUCCUGGCCGCUGUUCAGUCUCAUGAUAGGUAUCUUGCUGACUUGCCUGAUGCCCAAGCAGAAUGGUUUCCCCUGUAUGCUGGCCUUGAUCCCUUCUUGACAUAUGUCCUCAAAUAUAAUACUGUUCUCUAUAUUCAUUUGUCUGGAAACGAGAAAAUACAAAAUAUAGUAAAUAUAUCGUAUAUCAUAUAUUUGUAGACAGGUAACACAUAAUUAUUAAUCAGUAUUUCAAAAAUGACUUAAAAUUAAACUA